AUGAUCAGGUAUAUUCAGUGGUCACAUCAUCGGUGUCUUUCCCAUCUUUAUUUUCCCGGACGACAAGCCAAGCAAGCGCAACAAAUUCCAAACCCCCACGCAAGAAAUUCCAAAUUGCCACCCGCAAAUCCUCGCUUUCCCUUCCGAGCACGAUUCAUCCAUCCCAUCGCAAGGAACAAGGGAGUAAGAGCUGCUGCUUCUUCCGUGGUCCCGGUUCAAGGGAGUCAAGCAAGCACAAGAUCCUCUCGAUGGCUUGUUCUGAUGGUGAGGCUGAGCACCAAUGGAUACAGAGUGUCAAGUCAGGAGGAGCAGUUCCUUGUCUACCGCCCGAAAACUGUCCUAAUGGUUGGGCUACUCCUCCUGGUGACACUUUUAUGGUCAGAGGCCCAGAAUAUUUUGCAACCAAGGCAAAAAUACCUGGUGGGGAGUAUCUUCUGAAGCCUCUUGGAGUUGAUUGGAUCAAAGGCCCAGUAAAAAUCUGUGAGGUCCUGAAAAACAGGAACCAUCGUGUGAGGAAAGCCAUCGAUGAGGAGGUUUCUCACGGCAAUAAACCUUUUGUCUGGGCCUUCAACUUGCAACUGCCCAGCAAGGAGAACUACAGCGCGAUAUUUUACUUUGUCUCACUGGAACCUGCACCCGAGGGCUCGCUGAUGGAUCAAUUCCUUAAAGGGGACGAUGCGCUCCGUAAAUCCAGGCUUAAACUGAUAGCAAACAUAGUUAAGGGGCCCUGGAUUGUCCGAAAAGCUGUGGGUGAACAAGCCAUCUGCAUACUUGGCAGAGCACUUUCGUGCAAGUAUGUCGAGGGAUCAAACUUCAUCGAAGUUGAUGUGGAUAUUGGGUCUUCCAUAGUUGCAAAUGCAAUUGUUCAUCUGGCAUUUGGUUACGUGGCGACACUGACUAUAGAUUUAGCAUUUGUUAUUGAGAGUCAAGCUGAAUCAGAGCUCCCCGAGAGACUUCUUGGAGCUGUAAGGUUCUCUGAGUUGAGUCCGGGAUCAGCUGGUGUGUACGAAGUGCCAUCUGAAGAGCAGCAGGAAAUUGCUCCAAUUCUGCCUUCAAGAUUAUGGCGGAGUUUUUCCCAACUGCUACAGAACCCAGGCAACUCAAUGCAGCCGUCGCCUAGCUCAGAAAACACUAAUGGAAACUUUCACAAGGAAGAUGCUGGUAACAACGAUAAUUGAUAUCCCGGAAUCCCAUACUAGACAUGUAUAAAGCUUCCAUCCAAAGGACGCCUUCAUUGGUUGAGGAUAAUAUGCUAGUUCAGGCGAUGUGUAAAAGUUGAAUUCGUUUCUACGACGAUGAACAACGGCCUUAGGUAGUUGUGGAUUAUCAUAGUCCUGGGCCCUGCUGUAAAAAUGAUACAUACUGGUCAAGAGAAAAACAUCUUUCUGUACAUAUAAACUAAAUUUACCUUUUAGCCCGACAAAUUGAGAUGUUGUAUUGCAUUCUCUU